AACUAAAAAAAUUCUCAGCUUGUACGUACGUCAGUUUUUGUGCGGGUGCUUCUUAAGAUAUAUUCUUGCUGAAUUUAUAUAUCGUGAAAACACCAAGGAAACACUUUUUGCAAAACAAAAUUUAUAUACGAAUAAAAUGAAGUUUCAAUUGGCUUUGUGCCUAAUCGCCAUAGCGAUCGGGUCUGUCGUAGCAGAUGAAAGCAAAGGACCCAAAGUGACAGACAAGGUUUUCUUUGACAUAACUAUUGGCGGCGAUGCUGUGGGUCGCAUUGAAAUCGGAUUGUUUGGCAAAACUGUUGAGAAAACCGUGAGGAACUUCAAGGAGCUGGCCGAGAAGCCGCAAGGUGAAGGAUUUAAAGGCAGUAAGUUCCAUCGCAUUAUAAAGGACUUCAUGAUCCAGGGUGGCGACUUUACAAAGGGUGAUGGCACUGGAGGACGCUCUAUCUAUGGCGAGCGCUUCGAAGAUGAGAACUUUAAGCUGAAGCAUUAUGGCUCGGGCUGGCUCAGCAUGGCUAACGCUGGCAAGGACACUAAUGGUUCGCAGUUUUUCAUUACCACCAAGCAAACAAGCUGGUUGGAUGGUCGUCAUGUAGUCUUUGGCAAGGUGCUCUCUGGUAUGGAUAUCGUGCGCAAAAUCGAAUCGUCAGCUACGGAUGCACGCGAUCGUCCUGUUAAGGAUGUGGUCAUUGCCAAUUGCGGUAGUCUGCAUGUUACUGAACCAUUCCCUGUUUCCAAGACUGAUGCAACAGAAUAAAUAUUUCAAUACUAACAGAGCGCAUAUGCAUUUUUAAACAUUAAAUAUUAUGGCCAACUAAUUGGUACAGUUUUGCAUUUAUAACCAUUGCUAUUCAUAAAAUAGUUUGUUCUUUAAUACAAUACUCUGCUCAAAAAUCUAUCAA